AAAGGUGCGAUGGGAAUCCCUGGGCGGCCGGGACUAAAGGGGCAAUCUGGAGAGAAGGGUGCUCCAGGAGAAGCUGGCAUGUCCAUCAUUGGGCCCCGUGGCCCACCCGGACAGCCUGGAACAAGAGGUUUUCCUGGAUUCCCGGGCCCUAUUGGCUUGGAUGGCAAACCGGGGCAUCCUGGACAGAAGGGAGAGAUGGGUGCUGCAGGUCCCAGGGGACAGCCUGGGCCCCCAGGACAAAAAGGAGAGAAGGGUCAGUGUGCAGAGUACCCGCACAGGGAGUACCUAAGUACCACCCUCGCAGCCCUGCGCUCUAACCAGAUCCUUACGCUCAAGCUGCUGCCUCUCCUCAAUUCAGUGCGGCUGGCUCCACCUCCGGUCAUAAAGAGACGCACUUUCCAGGGUGAACAGGGACAGGCAGGGAUCCAAGGGCCCCCGGGGCCCCCUGGCCCACCAGGGCCCCCUGGACCAGCUGGACCUGAAGGAAUCCCAGGACGUCCUGGGCCAGUUGGACCCGCUGGCAGAGCAGGAGAACCUGGGAAGCCUGGCAGAGAUGGAAAGGGCUUACCUGGGCCUCCUGGACCAAAGGGAGAUGCUGGCAUUCAGGGGUACCCUGGCAGAAAGGGUGAGGUGGGUGAGGCAGGCCUGCCCGGUGCCCGUGGCCUCCCUGGAGCCUCUGGCCCCAAGGGUGAAAAAGGGGAUGCUGGCAUCAAGGGGGAGAGAGGCAUGCCAGGGCUGCCAGGAAGACAUGGCUCUAAGGGCGCUCCGGGGCUGGCGGCCGCAGGGAUGAAGGGCGAGCCUGGGACUCCAGGAGAAAAGGGAGAUUCUGGAGUGCCAGGCAGGAUGGGCCCCCCAGGUGUGCCAGGGAAGAGGGGGCAGCGGGGUGAGAAGGGACGAGCUGGUGACCCUGGAAUUCCUGGACUUCCUGGCCCAAAGGGAGAGAAGGGAAUUGCUGAGAAUGCCUUGGUGGGAGCUAAAGGAGAACCUGGCCCUCCAGGUCUGCCUGGACCCCCUGGACCAAAGGGAGAAGCUGGUGACGUUGGUCAGCCUGGUGCUGCAGGAUCACAGGGAGAAAAGGGGGAACGUGGCUCACCAGGAGACCAGGGACCCAUGGGCCCAAGGGGCCCCAAAGGAGAGCCUGGGAAGGAUGAAAUGAUGGACUAUGAUGGGAACAUCAGUGAAGCUCUGCAGGAAAUACGAACUUUGGCCUUGAUGGGACCCCCAGGACGUCCAGGUGUGGCUGGGCCUCCAGGGCCACCAGGACAGAAGGGUGAAAUUGGCUUGCCAGGUCCUCCAGGCCACGAUGGAGAAAAGGGCCCACGUGGCAAGCCUGGAGAAAUGGGUCCCCCUGGGCCUCAGGGGCUGCCAGGGAAGGAUGGAGCUCCUGGCAUGAAGGGAGAGCCAGGCCCUGCUGGGGGCAGAGGAGAGAAGGGUGACAGGGGAGAGCCAGGAGAAGCAGGCCCACCGGGUCUAGAUGGCCCCACUGGAGAGAAGGGAGAACAAGGUGACCAAGGGAUGCCAGGACCAUCAGGAUUGCCAGGGCCCAUUGGACUUCCAGGACUGACAGUAUCUGGGCCCCCUGGCCCCCAGGGCCCUCCAGGACCUCCAGGUCUUCAGGGUGUCCCAGGACCCAAGGGGGAAGCAGGGAUUGAUGGAGUGAAAGGAGAGAAGGGUGCCCAGGGUGAAAAAGGAGACCGAGGGCCGCUGGGAUUACCCGGUGCUUCAGGUUUAGACGGCAGGCCUGGACCAGCGGGUAUUCCAGGACCAAUUGGGGCUUCGGGACCAGCAGGACCAAAAGGAGAGAGGGGCAGUAAAGGAGACCCUGGAGUUGCAGGACCAAUGGGGCCAGCAGGGCUUCCUGGUUUACAAGGUCUACCUGGUGACAAGGGAGUCCGGGGGGAGAGGGGCAAGAAAGGCUCUAGAGGGUCUAAAGGGGAUAAGGGAGACCAAGGAGCACCUGGAUUAGAUGCACCCUGUCCGUUGGGAGAAGAUGGCCUUCCAGUUCAAGGCUGCUGGAAUAAGUGAUGAUUCUAACCCUGGACUGACCUGUGUGUGUUACUGUACAUAGAAUAUUUAUUUUUAUACGGUGUUCUUCUCUGAAAUGCCAAAAGUUAUGCAUUUUUACAAAUUAUCAAAAAGUGGCAUAUUUUUUUGUACAGAAAAUACUAGAUCUCCCUUUUUCCCCAUUUGUCAGUUCUCUGUAUGAUUCUAUGUCUGCAUUACGCUUGUUUUGUCAUGGAGUACAGCUGUAAUAUUUACAUGAUAUUUGUGCACACAUGAUGAAUAUAGGAACUUUAAUAAAUUAUUGCAUUUAAAGUGCCCAAAGGAACUGCCCUGUAUAGAUUUAAAGGUCAUUUUCAUU